AUGGCAAUAAACUGCGGCGCAGAAAGAUGGGAACAUUCUAAAUCAAUGGAAGAUCAGGUGGUAGAAGAAGAUGAAGAUUUAUCAUUCUGUGAUCUGCCGGUCAUUGACUAUUUGACCAAAGACCAAGACAAUCAAUCAAGAAAAGAAGAAGAUGAUGAUGCUGCUUUGGCUACUGAUGAAACCCAAGAAGAGUUUGAUUUCAGCUCGAGACGUGGCUCUCUGUUCAAAGAAUCAGAAAUGUGUUCGGCGGAUGAGGUUUUCUUUCAAGGAAGACUCCUCCCACUACGCCUCUCGGUCAGCUCAGACGCCGGCUCAACCGGCUUCCGACAUGAAAGCCAAAAGAUCACCGGCCGGUGCAUAUCAAGGUCCGACUCCUUGGAGCAUGGUUCUAUAGAAGGGUUUACUAGCAACAGCAGCAGCAGAAGCAGCAGUACCAGAAGCCGCAACUCUUCAAGCAGCACUGCUAGCUCUGCCAAUUAUACGAUGAAAACACAAACUUCAAAGCAACGAGUCCAAAACCAUUUCCUUACAUGCCCAAGUCCCAAACCCCAGAUUAGGUUUUCCACUACUAAACAAGGAAAUCAAGGUAGCAGAAGCCGGAAUUCAUUCACGUGGGACUAUUUGCGGCUGGGAUUGGUGCCUACUCCUGAGAUUGGACUGCAAGACCUUAAGCUUCGUAGAAACAGCAGUGUCAACAAAAAUUCCGACAUUCGCAAUAGCAGUACGCUUAUUAGUGGUAGUCGCAAUAGUGUUACUUCCAAAAACAGUGCUAAGAACAAUAUUAUUAGUGGUAGUCGCGGCGAAAAGAGCCGUAAUCCUACGAAAGUGGAGAAGCAGGGGAGGACGCCGGGAUUCUUGGAGAAAAGAAUAGGAGGACUGUUGAAUGGUUGUAAGUGUACAGACGAGGCAGUUUCGUCAAACGUUGUAAUCAUUAGGAGCAGUAAUGUUGCAAGUACAUACAGUGAAAGUGCAACGCAUGCCAAGAAAGAAAAACUGUUGGAGUUGAAGAUAAAAAAGAAGCAAGAAGAAAAGGAGCUAGGAAAGCAAGCAAUGUCACGCCAUCGAACAUUUGAAUGGCUAAAGGAACUUUCGCAUGCAGAGCAAUCCCCCUGA